AAAAGCCACGCGAUUCAAGUGAAUAUCAGUCAACAACGACAACUUAACCCAUUAAGAGGUCAACAAGUUGCCUAAAUCAGUGAAAUGUUUAAACUGUGCGCGGUUUUAUUAGUUGUGGGCGUGGCUCUGGGUCACAAAGAUGCCCAUUUCCACAGUGAUAGAAACUCCAUUGUUCAUUUGUUCGAAUGGAAAUGGAAUGACAUCGCUGAUGAAUGCGAAAGGUUCUUACAACACAAAGGAUAUGCAGGUGUUCAGGUUUCCCCUGUUUCUGAAAACAUCAUUGCUGCUAACAGACCAUGGUGGGAACGUUACCAACCCAUCAGUUAUCUACUAAACACUCGUUCUGGUAAUGAGGAAGAGUUUGGCAACAUGGUUCGCAGAUGUAAAGCUGUUGGUGUUAAUAUCUACGUCGAUGUUGUCAUCAACCACAUGACAGGACCUGGUAACCAAGGAACCGGAACAGGCGGAAGUGUUGCCUACCCAGAUAACAAAGACUACCCAGCUGUACCAUACAGCGGUUAUGAUUUCCAUGCUGAUUGCACCAUCAACGACUACAACAACCCUGAAGAAGUCCGUAACUGUGAACUUGUAGGUCUUAAAGAUCUCAAUCAAAGCACUGAAUACGUCCGAGGAAAAAUCGUGGAUUUCCUCAAUCAUUUGAUUGAAUUAGGCGUCGCUGGUUUCCGUGUAGAUGCUGCCAAACACAUGCAUCCCAUUGAUCUGGAAGUGAUUUACAACCGUGUGAAUAAUCUGAACACAGCAGUAGGACAUCCAGCUGGUGCUCGUCCAUACAUCUUCCAAGAAGUGAUUGACCUCGGUGGUGAGGCUAUCAGCCGCGAGGAAUACACCAGUUUUGCUGCUGUGACUGAAUUCAAAUAUGGCGCUGAGAUUGGUAGGGUAUUCAGAGGUUACAAUCAAUUGAAAUGGUUGAAGAACUGGGGCACUGAAUGGGGUUUGUUGACCGAUCAGGAAGCAAUUGUUUUUGUUGAUAAUCAUGAUAACCAACGUGGACAUGGUGCUGGAGGUGCUGAUAUCCUAACCUACAAAGAUUCUAAGAUGUACAAACAGGCGAUUGCUUUUAUGUUGGCCCAUCCGUAUUAUCAUGUCACCAGGAUUAUGUCUAGUUUUGAUUUUAACAACUCUGAUCAGGGACCUCCUGCUGACAGCAAUGGAAACGUGAUUUCUCCUGGAAUCAACGCUGAUGAUACCUGUUCCAAUGGAUGGGUCUGUGAACACCGUUGGAGACAGAUUUACAACAUGGUUAGAUUCCGCAAUGCAUGCAAAGGUCGCGCGAUUGACAACUGGUGGUCUAAUGAUGACAAUCAAAUCGCUUUUGAGUUGAAAGGAGCAGGUUUCAUUGCCCUGACUACUUCCGGUGACAUAACCGCAAACCUUCCAUGUUCUCUACCUGCUGGAGUGUAUUGUGAUGUCAUUACCGGUGAUGUGGUCAAUGGCGCUUGCACUGGUAAAACCGUCAAAGUUGAAAAUGGCCGCGUGACUGUCAAUCUUUCCGAAAAUGAAGACGAUGGUGUUUUGGCUAUUCACAUCGAUGCUAGACUUCGUUCCAAGUUGUAAAAAUAUAAAAAAUUACAAGAAUUAAAAAUAUAUUGAACUGAAUUAGCAAGA